GUAUGACAUCUAUAAAUGGUAAUGAUAGGAGCAAGUAAUUCUCAUCUUUCUUUUGUUCAAAAGUUUGAGAGAACGAUAGAAAUGACAUUAAGUGGUAAAAGGGUUGCUAAGAUUAAGGUCAAGUGUGAUGGUAGCGUUUUUCAUCAGUGUUUGAAGGAUCGCCCUGUCGAACUUCCCAGCUUGAGCCCGACAACAUUCCAAAAUUGUAAAACCCAAGAAGGAGAAGCCGGAACUGUGGGUUGUGUUCACUCCUGGAACUAUUUUCAUGAUGGAAAAGAUCGUGUAGCAAAAUCGCAAAUCAUUGACAUUGACGAGGACAAAAAGUCAAUCACCUUCAACAUAUUCGAAGGCGAUCUCAUGGAACUAUACAAGACCAUCGUUGUGACUGUUGGUGUAGAGAGGGAUGGUUCAGACAAUCUUGUCACAUGGACUGCGGAGUAUGAAAAGUUGAGCCCUGAUGUUCCUGAUCCUGAUACACUUAUGGACUUUUACAGAAAGGCUACCGAGGACAUAGCUGCCCACUGUCUUUAAAGCUAAUAAAUCCAUAUCAAAUAAAAAACCGCACCCAUAUUGGUUAAGCGAUACAAAAUAAAUGAUUAUGAGUGUGAAUUUAGUGCUAUACCUUACUUGCUAUUUUACGUUUGUUGUGUAAAAUAGUGUGCCGUUAUAUAAUCAAUAUAUUUUGUUAUAAUAAACCCUAAUUACCAAAGUUAUUUUAUAGAAUAUAAUAUAAUAAUGUAAUUUCUUUGGGACCCUCUGAAAAUAGAAAUUUAUGGCAUCUCUUUUUUUA